AUGGGUAAAAAAACCAAAGUCAAAGACUCAGAUUCUGAUGAACUGAGUGGUAGUGAGAUCCCUUCAAACUUCAAAGUUAAGCAGCGCCCAGUGCUGGACUUUAAGAUAGUCAUUGUACAAGAUGAAGCGGAUAGUAGGGAAUAUUGUUGGAGUAAAUUGUGGGCAGGGCCGGGAAGAUCUACCAAGCGUAAAUUUUGUAUAAUUUGCGGAUGCCCCGCAAAUUAUACUUGUGUCUCAUGUGCUAAACACAAACCCUUUGGAUUUGAACGCAAUUUCUGCAGUAUUCGCUGUCAAACGGUACAUAAUGAAGCGGAUUGUGGGAAACCGAUUGAUAUGACCCACUGGUAA